GCCCCGCCCCGCCCGGCCCGGCCCCCGCCGUCUCGGUACAGGCAGGGCUCGGCCUCGGCACCGCCAUGGAGGCGCUGCGGGCGGCGGGGCGCGCCGUGCUGCGGAGUCCGCGCCUCGCCCGGCACGGCCUCGGGCUCUGCCGGCGGCGCAAGCUUCCUGAGAGCUGGGCUGAUAUGCAGGAGCCGCUGCUGGAGGGGAUGUGCUUCACACUGAAGUAUCUGGGCAUGACACUGGUAGAGAAACCCAAAGGAGAAGACAUGGCAGCUGCUGCCAUCCGCCGGAUCAUUGCCAUGGCACAGGUGGGAGCUCGCAAGUUCCAGAAGGUGAUUCUGACAGUGUCUCCGAGGGGCAUCUCGCUGCAAGACGCAGACACAAAGGAGAUUGUUGAAAACAUCUCCAUCUACAGGAUCUCCUACUGCACAACAGACAAGCUGCAGAACAAAAUCUUUGCUUACGUUGCGCAGAGCCAGGAGAGUGGGGCACUGGAGUGCCAUGCCUUCCUCUCACCCAAGAAGAAGAUUGCCCAGGCUGUGACUCUGACGGUGGCCCAGGCCUUCCAGAUGGCGCUGGAUCUCUGGGAAGCAGCAAAUGCAGGCUCUAGGCAGGAACAGCCCCUUCACCUUCCAUGUGUCUUGGAGCACAGUGAACCCGGCAGAGCAAGUGAGCCAGCCCCCCCGGGGAGCCCUCCCUUCAGACACCAAUUCAGGGUAUCCCUCUCCUCACCUGCCUGGGGAACAGCACAGUCCUCUCCUGCCAGUAGCCUGCUGGGAUCUGGCAUCAUCUUCCUUUUCCUGGCCCUGCUUCCAGGAUGCCUGCAUUCUGCAGCCCAUUUUGUGAAGAGGAAGUAGCUGUGGUGCCAUCCUCAGUCAGAAAAUGCGUAACUGUCCUGCACCUACCUGCAACUUGUCCAGAAGCAUGACAAGAGCCAGCCUGCAACAUUGGCACUCCCUCAAAGGCCAGAGAGAAGUGCAAGAUGAGGACCUGCUGCAGAACAUAUGAUAACCCCUCUACACAGCUGGCAAGAACAGGUCUCCUAAAGGCCACAUGCAUAAGUGCAAGUAAUGGUACAUGUAUGCACAUACACACAUGCACAGACCUGAAAUGCUGCAGGGACAAUGCUGCAACGUUUGAGCCAGGAUGCUUUUAUUGAAAAGACCCUGCCACAGGAAGUUGCUUACCCUGUCCCUUCCCAGUCUAGUCCUGCAGCAGGAGCUGAGCAGCACCUGGAAGGAAGAGUCCUGAAAGUGCUUUGUUGGAAGGUUUAUUCCUGGAAGACGCUGGAUCCUGUGAUGCUUGAGUCCAGGGCUGCAGAGCCAGCACCCCAGCUCAGUGACCAGCCACAGAACAGAGCAUGGAGGGAAGUGCAGCAGCCAGGGCACCAGCUACCCAUGUAGCAGAGUGGCUCAUCAUGUCACUCUGUUUCCCCUGCUUCUGGCAAGAGGGCAUAGCUGGGCCAGGCCUCACCCUCGGACACAAAGUAAUAUAGAUACCCAGUAACAGACUUCUGCUUGCAGGCACCAGGAAACAAAUAAUCCAGAUACUGUUAACCAGCCCUAAGAUGGUUAACAACUCAUACCAUCUUCAGUUGAAUGAAAGAUCUAACAGCUGUGGGUAUUCAUGGCCAAACCCUCCCAACAGGUCUGUGUGGCAUCAGCCAGUCUGGUGCAGGCCAUGGGGCUAGCUCCAGAAGAGGGAGUAUCAGCAGUGACUGCACACUUGCAGGACAGAAGCCAGGAGCGGGACAUGACACUGUUGAAGCUAAGGUUGUCCCCAGAGUGGUGAUGAGCUCUGCAGCACACAGCCUGCCAAAACAGCUGUGACCAGGCUAAGGCUCUCCACAUUAUCCAUGGAGUGCACACGGCAUUGCUCACAGUGAGCCCUACUAGGGAAAUGGCAAAGCCACAGCCGUGCACUGGCCCUGCCUGCUCCCAUAGGUUUGUGAGGCUCACUGCACUCCACAGGAUUACUCCAACUGGCACUGCCCUGGCUGCACAUUCUGCAGCCCAAUCGGACACUGUGGCAGCACUAGCUCCUCAUGCUCUCAAUUGAGUUUUCAUGCACUGCAACAGGGAGAGGUAUGGGAAGCCCCUGCACUGCAGUGAUGGGGUGCA